AGCAAUUUUAUUGUUUUACAGUUACCGAAGACAAGGUCAAAUGACCAUAGAGUCGGGAGACGCGAUUGUUCUCAUAGACAAGAGACAAGAGCUGCACUGGUGGAAAGGGCAGAACCAACGGACGUUGGAAGUCGGACUUUUUCCCAGCACUUUAGUGGCGUCAGGGAAGAGCAAGCACACUCCGACGAGCAAAAAGCCACAAACGGACUCUCCCGUGCGUAAAGGUUCGUAUUUUUUGGAAACUCUAAUCAUAAUAACUGAAAAUUGGUAG